GAUAUAUUCAAAGCCCAUACUUCUUUUUUUCUCGAUUUCCACAAUUUUUUUCUUUCAAAACACAAUUCCCACCAAGUUUUCUCUACGCCACGAAUCCUUCUCCCAUCUACACUUGGCGUCUUCUUUAAACAACCUUGCUUCUCAAUCCAUGUGGUCGCCGCCGUCUGGCGACGGGGCCGCCACCUGCUCUUCAUGCUUUUCCGGAGACAAUGCUGCCUUUCAUGGUGACGAGAACAAAUCCUGUCUUGGUGUUCGCUGUAUGCAAUGCUUGAAAUCCGAUUCUCCUUCUUGCUCUUCACGUUCUUCUUGGUUGGGGUUUGAUUCGAUUCCAUCUGAGGAUUCGGAGAAGUUAUGGAGAAUAAUUACUGCUUCGGCUAAAGGAUUCUCGAUUGGUGCUGGACUUAAAGGAGGUCUCUCUCUGUUUUCAAUUAUUGCUAGGCUGCGUCGCACAAGAUUAUCCUCUUCCUCGAGGAAAGUUGCGUUUUCGAAUAGUGAAGCUAUUGCAUUAGCUAUCAAAGAAACGCUAAGAUAUGGUCUAUUCAUUGGGACUUUUGCUGGUACAUUUGCUUCUGUUGAUGAAAUUAUUGCUUCUGUUGGAGGCCACCGAAGAACUGCGAAAUGGAGAGCUUUAUUAGCUGGAUUGAUUGCUGGGCCCUCCAUGCUUCUUACAGGACCAAACACGCAGCAUACAAGCUUGGCCAUAUACAUACUUAUGCGGGCUGCUGUUUUGGCGUCACGUUGCGGGGUUAAAAGCAAACGGUUUGGGAAAUAUUGUAAACCACUAACUUGGAAGCACGGUGACAUAUUUCUCAUGUGUCUUUCUUCUUCCCAAAUUUUGUCAGCUUACAUAUUAAAGCAAGAGAGUUUGCCUCCCUCAUAUAAGUCCUUUCUCAAUAAACAUGGUGGAAAGGAUCUUGUUAUCUUGCAAGGAGUGAAGGAGAUUGCAAGUGGCUUGCCUUUUUCAAAUUUAGAUUUAAUAGAGAAAUAUUACAACUCCACAGGUGUUGACAUUAAACUAGAUCCAGAAAUGAAAAUCCCCUGCUCGAUCAUACAUGGAAAUCAAUCAUGCAGCAGUCAUGUUAUAUCUUUUCUUCUUCAAGCGUAUGCAAGAGCAGUCCCAGUAUAUCUUCCUGUAUACUUGAUACCUGCAUUAAUAGUUCAUCGUCAAGGGCUCUCAAAAAGGCCAUACAGCAUAUUAGGGAAGAGUCUCCUUGGUAUUGCAAGAUCAAGUUUGUUUCUGUCUGUAUAUUGCUCGUCUGCUUGGAUGUGGACAUGCAUACUUUUUAGAAUUUUUAGAAGAUGCAACAUUCCAAUGGUGGCAAUGGGGACGUUUCCCACUGGCCUAGCCCUAGCAAUCGAGAAGAAAAGCAGGCGGAUUGAGAUAUCACUAUAUUGCCUUGCACGAGCCAUUGAGAGCUUCUUUACAUGUAUGGCUGACGUUGGAUAUUUGCCGCAGUCAAAUUCUUUUAAGAGAGCCGAUGUGGUUAUUUUUAGCAUCUCAACAGCUAUAAUCAUGCAUUGCUAUGCACAGGAAAGGGAAGUGUUUCGCUCCAAGUACCUUAAUGUUCUCGAUUGGGUGUUUGGGGUGCCGCCUCCUGCUGAUGAAACACCACGCAACAAAAAGAAUUGAAAGCUUACAAUUUCCUCCAAUUUUUUGAAUUUUAAUUUUCUCAAACAACUACAGCAAUUUGUUGUACCAUAUAACAGUAUCAGAUUGAUUGAUAGAAAUUUUUGGAGUCAUUUUAUCUCAUUGAGUGUCUGUUGAAACAAAGAAAUAUAUGCAUUUUAGUGAUUUUCAGGCUCC